CCAAAAUACAUAGCAUUGUACGAUUGAUAGGAUUGUAAACUGAUAGGUGUUAUAAGGACAUUGACAUAUGAAAUAGGUAGGGAAAACCAAUACAGUGGCUGUUUGACUUAGGAAAUGCUCUCUAGGAAAGAUAGCACACACUUCAGAGUGCAUUCAACUUUAUCAAGUUUUUGUCUGUUCGGUCUUACAGUAUAUAUACCAGUACAUCAAUGUCAUAAAAUCAUUUCUUAUGGAAGCUUGCAGAAGUGCACACAGAAAGACAAUUUUAAAAUGAUGGAAUAGACUUUUAAUAAAACUUUUACAAAGCAUAGACUGUUGACAAAAAUUAAGUUGUUGCACAGUUCAUAUUUCAGCAAUAACAACAAUAAUCUCUUCGAUUGUAAAACAAAAACAUUUUUCAGUACUAGACCUAUUUUGUGUUCAAAUUAAAUGGAUUUCCAAGUGAGUGCGUUAAAACUGAUCGAGCUUCAUGACAUUGACGUGAAGGCCAUGAAGUUGUGUUCCAAGACAUAUAAUGACUUCUGGGACAGAUAUUGGAGUCUAGACAUUGACACACUUUUUCAAGAAUCAUCAUCAGAUAGAAGUACGCCUGAUUCCAAUAUGGCUUCACCGACUCCAUCCCAGAGUGACACGGUGACCACCGCCUCCAACUCCUCCGAUUCCGAGAUGGAGUCGGCCGGCAACCCGAACCUACGCUGCACAGUCUGCAACGAAACCUUCUCAAUACCCAAAGUAUUAAGCUGCUUCCACACGUUCUGCCAAUCGUGCCUGGAGAAAAGUCAAGAGAUCCCGGACAAGAUCACGUGCCCUGACUGCCACCAGGACACGUUCCUCAACGCCAAUGGCCUAAGCGGCUUGCUGCCCGACUAUGCAGUUAGUAAUCUUCUGGAGAAGACUGCCCUUGUCACCAGUGCCUUACACUGUACCGGAUGUAAAAGCAAAGACACAAAUGCAGUCGCUCGGUGCUUUGAUUGCGCAAACUUCUUGUGUGCAAACUGCGUAAUGGCACACCAGUUUAUGCAUUGUUUCGAGGGCCACCGCGUGAGCAGCCUGACGGACCUGAGGAACAACAAGGAGAACGGCAAGAUGGGUAAGCCGCUGUACUGCCCUCGCCACAAGCAGGAGGAGCUUAAGUUCUACUGCAAGACCUGUUCCAUCCCGAUCUGUAAGGAGUGUACGAUGUUUGAGCAUGGCAGAGGUCACGACUGUCAGUUCCUGUCUGAUGCAGGAGACAAACAGAUCGCCCAGAUGCACUUGAUUGAGCAGGACGCCAAGAUGAAAGUUUGCGAACUGAAAACCUGCGCUAAGAGCAUCGAUCACAUUGCCAGCCGACUUCAGGUCCAGUACCACAAGGCCCAGAAUGACAUUAACGAUACAUACAAUUUCUAUCGGGCCAUGCUGGACGAAAGAAAGUCUGAAUCGUUGAAAGAACUUGACCAGGCCUUCAACAGUAAGCAGCUUCUAAUCAACAAUCUGGGAUUGAAGAUUCAGGAACACAUUGACAAGCUGUAUUGUGGGACUGAAUUUGUGGACAAAAUAACGAAAUUCGCCACAACCCCAGAGGCAUUAAUGUUUAAGAACAUCGUAGAACAGCGGUUCCAAAAUUUGUUCAACUUCUCUCCCGACACCGAUAAUGAAAGCUACCACGACAUUGAGUUCAUAUCCAACUUCCAGGCGAUUCAGACGGGAGUUAGGAACACGUUUGGCUAUGUUCGAGAAGGGCCCAGCGACGUCUCACAUAUCAUUGCUAAACCUCAACAGCCGAUUGCUCGACCUAAUGGAGUGGUCAACACCACCAUAAACUCCAUUAGCCCUCCACCAAUCACGCUCAGUAAUUCGCACAUGAAUGGCAUGAAUGGCUCGCUCAAUGGUCAUCUUUUUGACCCAGUUCCAACCAUUGAACCCAAAGACUUUGUGACGACCACCAGUUUUGGCACCAACCCCGCCUUUGAGAACAAUCUCUUAUUUCCAACUACUGACACCUUCACGACAAACGGUGAUACCAACCUGUAUGAGAAAUGGUCAAGUGGCGGUCUUGAUAUUUUCCAGAAUGGAAUUGAUGUGUUCUCGACCAGCACCUAUCCUCUGAUGGAUAUCACAAGCAAACUGAUUUCAACCAACCUGUACCCACCGAAGUCUCAGAUAAAGCGCCAGAAGAUGAUCUACCACUGCAAGUUUGGAGAGUUUGGAGUCAUGGAGGGUCAGUUUACAGAACCAAGCGGUGUGGCCGUCAAUGCUCAGAAUGACAUCGUCGUAGCCGACACCAACAACCACAGGAUUCAGAUCUUCGACAAGGAGGGAAGAUUCAAAUUCCAGUUUGGUGAAUGUGGCAAGCGAGAUGGGCAGUUAUUGUAUCCGAACCGUGUGGCUGCAGUAAAGACCUCGGGGGAUAUCAUUGUUACAGAGAGAAGUCCUACUCACCAAAUUCAGGUUUACAAUCAGUAUGGACAGUUUGUCCGAAAAUUCGGGGCCAAUAUCUUGCAGCAUCCACGAGGCGUUGCUAUCGACAACAAAGGCAGGAUCAUAAUAGUAGAGUGCAAAGUGAUGAGGGUCAUCAUUUUCGAUCAGUACGGCAACACGUUGCACAAGUUCGGCUGCUCAAAGCACCUGGAGUUUCCCAACGGAGUCGUUGUGAACGACAAAGAAGAGAUCUUCAUAAGUGAUAAUCGCGCCCACUGCGUGAAGGUGUUCAACUACACCGGACAGUACCUUCGCCAGAUUGGUGGUGAAGGCAUCACAAAUUACCCGAUUGGCGUCGGCAUCAACAGCCAAGGCGAGAUCCUCGUGGCGGACAACCACAACAACUUCAAUCUCACAAUAUUCACCCAGGACGGGCAGCUGAUCAAUGCCCUCGAGAGCAAGGUGAAGCACGCCCAAUGUUUCGAUGUGGCUCUCAUGGACGACGGGUCUGUGGUGCUUGCCAGUAAAGACUACCGCCUUUACAUUUACAGAUAUGCACAAAUUCCGAGCCUUGGGAUGUAGAUGUUUUGGGAGAGGUUGUGAGCGCCCUAUAGUACUUUAACGCGUGUCACUCAGUUUUAUCAUCUAAAUUGACUUGUUAGGAAAGGCCUGGUUGAAGUGAUGCAUCAUGUUUUGUGAGUGGCAGGCUAAAGACAUCAUCAGAGUUCAGCGUGUAACUGUUGUAUGUGAAAGUUUUUUGACAGAUAUAAUAGUUUAACACUAGACACUCAAAAUUUGGUGGAUGGAAAUGAUAAAUUGUAUAGGCUGCUGUGCCAGUGUUUAAUUGUGAAUAUUUACCAAUUAUUUUGUGUUCUGGAUUUGAAAUAGAAAAAGUUGUUUUUGAAAUGCUAACAGUCAACAUGUUGUUUGAAAAACAAAUGGACUAGUCAAACACAGUUUGCAUGAGUGACAACUCCUUACUCGUCCAAUAUGGCAACCAACAACAAGGGUAUUGAUGGUUAAAAUUUAAACAAGUACUUCCAUUGGCAUGAGUUGUGUUGGACAUGGGACAUGCUUAUUUUCACUUGGUCAGUAUUUGUGGUUUAAAAAUAAUCAGGCAUUGUUUGGUGUGUAGCAUCACUGUGAAAACGAUUUAUAAACCAUAACCUGUAUCUCAUGUACUUAAUGAUUGAACAUAUUCUUGUAUUUAUGAACAAAUCUGAUUAUUAAUAAGUAUUUUGUUUGUAAUUAUUAUUAAUGUGAUAGAGCCUUGUAUAUUGUUGUUGUGCUAAUGCACAGCUUAUAAAUUAAUUUAAUUCUAUUUAAUUGCCUACGAAUCUUUCCCAGUUUUGUUUUGUUAUGUAAUGUUAUACAAAUUAUAAUUAUAAUUUAUGUAGCAUGUUUUCAUUACUUGGUUAUGGCAUUGUCAUCAUCUAGUUGAUACAAUCAGUUUACAUAAGCAAAUCACCUUUUUGCAGUUAUUUGUUUUUAUUUUUGUUGUUUUUGUUGUGUUUUUUCUUGAUCAUUAUAAUUUAUUUAAUAACGGUGUAGUGUGUUUAGUUAUAUCACAGCUGGACCAUAAUACUUGAUAUGUGCUACCUCAGACUUGCAAUAUCUGAGAAUAAUCCAAAAGUUUACUUUAGUCAUUUUGCAGGUGUAUUCAAAUUUUUGGCCUUGUUAAGUCUAUCAAAUUAAUUAUUUUAUUAAAAGUUUGCAUUGUUAUGUUAUGAAAACAAUUACAGGUAACAAAAAUGCAUUUCAAUUGCCAAGAAAAAGAUCAAAUCUUUUUUUUCCCAUGAAUUAAAAAGUUUAUAAACAAAAAUCUCUUCCAUCAUGAAAAUCUGUUGCCAAUAUAAUAAACCAAGUAAAACUUAAUUGUCUGCUGCGGCUAUCCUGUUUUGUAUUCAGUUGUUAGUGGGGCAAUGUCCAAUAGUCAGACUAGAGAUUAAUAUUUAAUGUAUUUGCCAGAUGAAUCAGGUCUUUGUUGAAUGUCUUUGUCCAAUACUCCCUGAUGACUCAUUCCCGACACCAUUUGUCUGUAGCCAUAACAUUGUUGUUAUUAUGCACAGGGUAGUGUCUGCUACUGCGCAGUUACUUCCCCUCCUUGCAGUCUUGUCUAUAAAUAGGUGUCACUUCUUUGUCCUAAAAAUAGACAAGUCGCUUGGUACAGAGGUCACACAAGUUCAUUGAUUGUCUUAGGUUUCUUUGUUUAAUAUUGCUACCACAUUUUGUUAUUGUUUUUGAAAAGGCAAAGCAUCAAGAAUUGAAGCCAUAAUUGUGCCAUGUAUUAUUUUUUACUACACUGACACAUUACUCUAGCAGUAAAUGAGUAUUUCAUCAGCCGUCAUUGAUCAAUAAAUCUUAUCUACAUUCCUCUACAAUUUUGGAGCAAGUGUAAACAAUCAAGUAUUGGAUAAACAUUGACAAGUUUUUACUUGCAACAGAUCCUAUGAAAAUAUUUACAUUGGUAUAAGAAGAGGCCUCCAUUGUGUUCUUUAAACAAAGGUCUUUUAUACAGUGCCCCAGAUAAUUAUUUGAGAAAUAGGGUUUUCACCCAUCGAUUUUGAAAAAUAGGGUGAUUUCCUUCUUGAAAUAGGGUGAAAUGAUUAAUAAAAAUGCAUACCUUUAUAUCACUGAUGUUUACCUUUGUGGAAGAUGCUCACUUGUAUUGAUUCAAUAAAACUUUAAACUAUCAUAAUUAACUUUAAUAAACUGAUGUUUCAUAACAUUUUUAAUCAUUGAAACUGUCCUUAAUAUAAACUUAAAACAAAAAAAAUCGAUAACACGAAUGAUCAUUUGGCUCUUGCUUUCUUGGUUCGAAACAGUUUGCGAUCGACUGACAUUUUUGCGCAACAAUAGCGGACGCCUUUCGACCUCUCUUAAUUUUUUUUAUUUCGCAUCGUUAUAGAAACUGAAAGUACAGGCGCUUUAUAAAUACGUGUACAAUGAGCGACGGAUAAAGUCAGAUUAAAAACGCAUGUAUGUCGAGGAAAAUAAUUUGAUCAGACGCUUUAUUUAACUAUGAAAUCUAGAACGCAGAGAGUUUGAAUAAAGCUUGACUGUUUUCAUGCUCCGUCAUCCAGGCGCUUGCUUAAUAAAGACGCGUGACGAUAAUUAUUUCAAAGAGAAAAUACCGAAAAUAAGCAAAGCAUUUUCGAACGAAGCUAUUGUGUCGUACGCAUCGAAUUUGACGAAUUUGCGUACAAAUCAAAAUGGUUGCGUUUUCAAUACGCAUGUUAUUGAAUUUCUUUGCGUUUUUAGACAUUUUAAUAGGGUGAAAGACGCAGAUACGCAGCUUAUCUGGGGCACUGUUUAUAGUCUUGUAGUAAACAGGCCCUUGAACCUAGUGUAUAAACCUGUGAUUAAUUCAAAAUGAAGAUCUUCAUUAAAGAUAUGUAACUGAAUAAUGUAUUAAUAGAUAUAAUCCACCGAUGUUUGCAGAAUAGUUGCACCUAUCAAAUAAGUUGUAGGUGAGUGAUAAUCCACAUGUGAAUCAUCAGCAUUUCUCAUCUCAAAUCACUAAAUUGUUUUUGUUAUGAUAGGUUCACAAGCCCAAAUGUUAUACAAUUCUUAGAUUUUGACAUACUUUUGCAUUUGUUUGGGAAUUUUAUGUUCAAUCAAUUUUUAUAUUGAUAUACCGACAUUUUGCAUAAUAAUGUUAUAUAGGAAUGUACUUUAUUAAUUUAAGCUUUUUUGCUUUUUUGCAUCCAAUUUUCCAAAAAAAUAAAAAUCAACAAACAAGUGAUGGUUUUAAGCAGGUUCAUACACUGUUUGUUGAAACUCGAAGUGACUAGAAUCGUGUAGCAAGUCAUAAGAAACUGUGCCUUGAUGCAUUGGUGCUGCCAUUUUAAUCAUUAAAAUUCACACCUUGGACUGCUUGUCAACAUCGAUUCAAUUGAUCAAACUAGCAUCAACUACACGAAAAGUACAAUAUGUGUGGAUAAAUUACUAUACCCUUUUAGAGUUGCAUUUACCUGAUGUUUAAUAUGAAAAAAAAGUUCAGAUUAAUUUUAGCUGUUAUUUCCCAUUGAUAUUAUGAAAUGUUUAUCUGUAGGUGUUCAUGGUUGUACUUGUAAUGAGCAUUCUAAACAUGUCAGGGUUUUUCUCAUAAAAUGCGUUGUUUUUAUUUGACCUACACAACUUGUAACUGCCAAUAGGUGUGUUCCCUAUAGUUUACUUAUAUAAAUGUGUUCAAGUGACCUCUGUUGCCGUAGUAACAAAGUUUGUGUCUCAAGAAUAAUGAUCAUGACCAUAGAUUUGUGCACUGUUACUGUAGAAGUUUCCAGUGUUUAUGCUUAAUUAUCCAAAAACUAAAGACGGUGCAAUUUUUGUUGUUUUUUGUUAGCCGAAACUUUUAUAUUCAUGUUAUAUUGGGCUAUGCUCAUGUUAAUUAUUAAAGCCUUGCCUUUUUGCCAUUAUCACAGUACUUUUUUCUUGAUUCAGUUAUCAUUUAACCCUUUGCAUGCUGGGAAAUUUGUUUUCUGCUAAAAUGUCGUCUGCUGAAUUUAUAAAAUUAGCAUUUUCUUUGAUUUUUUUCAAAAAAUACUAUCAGAAUAGCAAACAGUUUGGAUCCUGAUGAGACGCCACGUUCUGUGGCGUAUCAUCUGGAUCCAAACUGUUUGCAAAGGCCUUAAAAAUUUGGUUCCCGCAUUGUAAGGGUUAACAAAGGGUCUAUUUUAAUUUUCAAUAGUAAGAUAGUCUGAUGUGAACAAUCUGCUUCAUAUGUUUGUUUUCUGCCUUUGAAACUGAAUUUUUGAGAUGCAUUUAUUUUGUAAACGUUUUCAUCUAAGAAAAAUGUUCAAAGCAUGCUGAACAGUUUCCACCUUUUGGGAUAUUUUAUUUUUCACUUGCUCAGUUCUGUUGUUGUUCAUUGGCAUGAUCAUUUUCACUGUCGUUGCUGUUGUGUUGUUGUUGUUGAUUUUUUUUUCAACUGAUACAUAUUAAUAUUAUUGACCAUAAUAUAUGAAUAUUUUUGUAUGCACCAUUUCAUGGAAUCUUGUAGUUUUGAAGCAUAUUUAAAUGUGUGUACUUGUGUAUGGUUCUUAAGCUGUAAGAUAUAAAUUGUAGCCUAUAUUGUUGUAGUAUAAAUGCAUUUUUAUUCAAAUUAUAAAAAAAAAACUAAAAAAAUGAAGUAAAUUGUUUUAAUCAAAUUUUUAUCCAUUUUGUGCUCUGAAAAAGGGAGCUAACAAGUGUGAAAAUAUGGUCAAUGUGUAUAUACUGCGUUGUGUCCCUUUGAAACAAAAUUGAAAUGCAUUCACAAUAAUGGCUCUUUUAUUAACUUUGUUUCAUUUAUUCUGGUUUGAAAUUGAUUGUUUUGUAUUGGAUAAAUUUAACAUAACACCCAAAACUUUAUGUUAGAUUUUUUUAUUAAAUAAGUUGUAGGAAUUCAAUGAAAUUGUAUUGAUGGAGUUUGUCAGCAUCAUAUGUUUCUUAGCUAUUUUAUAAUGUGCCAUGAUACUAAGUAUGCUGUGAAAAUGCUUUAUGUGUACUUGUUAAAACGCUGGGUAUUUAAUGUUUAUUUGCUUAUAAACCAUUUUAACAGAUUUUUUGCUAAAUAAUAAAUUGAAACCAAAAGAAUUGAUAGCAUAGUAAUUUGUAUUCUACUGCUGAGCUUGUUAUAUAAUGUUUAUGGUAGAUGAUAUAAAUUCCGCACUGUUCCAUUGAAGUAUUUCAUAAAUAUUGUAUUCACAUUUUAUACUUUGCUGAGCAUCUUCCCAUUUUGUUGUCUGUUGUGUUUUGAAUUUAGAACUGAAAUACUCAAUCAAAAAUUCAUUAAUUCAUGUUAGCCAUUAAACUCCAUUCAGGACAGGUGCUGGCGGCUAAAUUACGCCAAUUGUUCAAGUUUGCUCUGCAAGAUAACACAUGAAUAUUUUUUAGUGUUGUAUACAACUGAAUUUUUAUAUGAAAAUCAUUGAAAAAUACCAUUAAAUAAUUUUUCUAUAAUUUUUGAGUUUUUAGCAUUUGUGUUUAUGUUUGCAAUCACUGAAAUGAAAAUGCCUUCUUUUUUAAUGUUGUAGGUAUUAGGUAUAUGCAAAUUUUCCAUGGAUCUGCACAAUGUGUUGUUGUCAUUGACAAUAAAUAAUUGUCUUAAUUAGUAUUUAGAGUAGUCCUGUGAGAAUCACAUAAAUAGAUUUUGUACAAUUUAUUAUAAUUAUCUUUAUAAGAAAAAAAUAAUUAAAACUCAACUGAAAGCAUAUUUGAAGUGUAUGUUAAAAGCUGUUAGGUAGUUUAAGUAUUAGCUUUUAACUGUGUAUAAACGUCUAAGCUAUGUGGACCAAUUUCAAUGUUGUUCUUUCUAUUUUUGCUCAAAAAUUAAUUUUUGAGAGUUUAAGAAUGCAGUGAAAGUUUUUCUGUUGAACUUUUUGUUAACUUAAAGAAGACUGUUGUUUUUCUUAUGUCAGUUGUUAGCAAUGACAGCUUGUUAGUCCCAACAUGAUUCCUAAGACACUUGAAAGUCAUAAAAAAUGUCUCUUAAUUGUUGAUUUGGUGCAUAAUGUUAUUGCUUUUUUCUAGCUAACCUGAGCACAAAGUGCUAAUGGUGAGCUAUUGUGAUCACUCUCUGUCCAGCAUAUCAUACCUUGUGUGUUGGCAAAUAUUAGGCAAACCAUGCACCAACUAUAAAGGCCACAUUUGUGACUCAAUCUUUAUGAAAAUUUUGUCAGAACGUAAUCUUAAAAAUAACUAAGAGGUAAGAGGAAAACCUUGUUACCUCUAGAAGCCACUUCUAUGAAUCAAUCUUGAUGAAAAAUGGUUAGAAUAUACAUCUUGACAAAAUCAAGCAAUUAACCCAUUUAUGCCUAGGGUCUAGAAAAACGGCUUUGGCAAACAGCGUAGACCCAGAUGAGACGCAGCAUGAUGCGGUUUCUCAUCUGGGUCUGCGCUGUUUGCUUAAAGGAAUUUCUGUAAGAAAUAUUCUAAAUAUAGAAAUAAAUAUACUAGACAUCCAUUAUUUUGGAAAUAAAUUGAUCCAAUUUAGAAGGAUGGGAGAGUCCACUAGGCAUAAAUCGGUUAAACUUGGUAAACUGAGUUUUAAAAAAAGGUUACCAUGUAAAGUCUUGAACAAUUUGUAUACAUGUACCUUGAACUCAGGCGAGCACUUCAGGGCCAUCUUGGCUCUCCUUUUAUGCUUAAAUGUUAUCGGAAAGUUGAGAUCUGAUCAAUGUACACUGCUUGAUAAAUGUUGCCAUUAAUUGCAAAAGAACUUACUGUAGCUAAACUUUAUAUCAAUUGAAAAAUAAAUUUCAAUUGAGUGAAACAGAUUGGUUACUUGUCCAGUGUAUUUAGACUUAACUGUUAAGUGGUGUUAUUUUCUAUGCUUACUGUUGCAUGAUUUAAUUUACUGAGUUGUUAGUAAGCAAGGUACAUUGACCAGGUUUACGUUUGUUAGUUGCCCCGGAUUAAAAUCCGUGGGAAGGGCCGAGUUGACAUUGAAACAGUUAGUCUUUGAUUGUUUUUAUGGUUAUGUUUGAAUAAUUAUCAUGUACUGGUUGUUGUAUGUUGUAUUAAAUGUUUUCUGUGCUGUUGUAUCUUUGAUUUGCUGUGAUGCUUUGGUCACCAUAGUGUAUUUGCCUAAUUGCUCUGUGCAUUGGACAAGAGUAUAAUGGGUCAGAGACUUCAGUGCAUAAUGUUGGACUUUUUCAUGAACCUUACAUUUUGUACUUUUUUGUCUGUUGGUUAAUUUUAAAUCUUAAGAUUCUUCAAAAGGGUAUUUAAAACUACCAUGCAUUCAGUUCGAUUUUGUGCAGAUCAUUAUUCGUUGCUGCAGAAAAGCUUUGAAUGUUGUGAAUCUAUAAGUGAAGUAGGGGCCUCUGCUAUAAAAAGAAGUUUAUUGCCAAAAAACAGGAGGGCUUUUUUUACAAGUAGGUGGUUUUAUGUUUGUGUAAAGAUCAGAAUAUAAGUGUAAAAAGUUCAUAUUCAUGUGUUUGGUGUACAGCAUUUGAGAAGAAAAUUGUUGAUAAUUUGAUAUUUGAGAGGUUUAAUAUUCUCAUUCCAGGCUGUUAACGAAUUGUGUUCGUGGAUAUUUUUUUCAAAACCAGGUGUGUUUAGCAUUUUUAUUUUCGAAAGUUGAAGUUGAUAUGCACAUGAUAUAUAUGACUGUUUUAAGUGUUUUCAAUAUUAGAUGUUUUUUGUUGUUUAUUAGAUUUUUUAUAACGUUAAGUGUUGUGUCCUUUGCAGGUGUAAGCUGUUAAAUAAAUGUAAGUUUGGGUUAAGAAGAGACCUGUACUCCUUUUAUAUACGCAACAUGCUCUAAACUCUCUUUCAGAACUCAAGUUAGUACACAACCUACCAACAUAAUCAUCGAUAGCUUGUGUAGAAGAAAUAUUAAUUGUGUCUUGUUCUGAUAAAACUGGGCAAAGUGCAUAUGCGUAAAGUGUUGUCCCAGAUUAGCCUGUGCAGUCCGCACAGGCUAAUCAGGGACGACCAUUUCCGCUUAAAUUAGAUUUUCAAUAAAAAGGGACUUCCUUUAAACGAAAAAUGCAAUUAAAGCGUUAAGUGUCGUCCCUGAUUAGCCUGUGCGGACUGCACAGGCUAAUCUGGGACGACACUUUACGCACAUGCAUUAUGCCCAGUUUUCUAAGAACACGACUCAAUUUGUUGGUGGGCUCAGGAUUUCCUUGUAUACAAAAAAUAAAUUAACAACCACAUUAAAUCAAUAUGCAUUGCAUAUGGAUUGCUUUACCCUAUGAGCACCAGAGGCAUAUUAACCAGUGAAGUGUCCAGUAUAAGUACAGGGUGUUGAUAAUUACUAUGCUGAGAUUUGUGCAUGCGUUUUUAUAUUCAAUGUUAAACAUAAGUUAGUCUUUGUUGGUUUUUGCUUUAUUUCUUUGCUCCAUGGAGCUUGUUUUGUAGAAAUGUAGAUAAGUUAGUUGUUUAGUUUCAUUUUUAGAUUAUUUAUUUUGUUUGGUUUGUUACAUAGAUGCCAUUUGCAAUGUCAGCAACUGUUGUAUAGUCAACUGUUAGUCUUGAUUAUCUUUUUUACAUGUUGCAUUGAAAUAUUUGAUUAUUCCUUUGGGGAAAAAAUCUGUAUAAAAUACAAAAAAAAAGUGUUUGAUGUAUUCUGUUUGAGUAUUCCAAGAAGAAACUAGGAGUUUUUCAUGUUACAAGAAUAGUUUCUGUUAAUAACUUGUUCAUAUUCUAGUGCUACAAAGCUGUUACUGUUAUCUUUAUUGAAAUGCCAUAUCUGUUAAAAAUUGUUUACAAAAAUUCCAUAUCCACUGGAUUAAAAAAAUUGUUGACCAAUUAUUUUUGUUAAAUGUUACUAUUCUUCCAAAAAUUAUGUCUUUUAACAAAAAAAGGUACAGCUGGCUAUGAAAUGUUGCCUUAUUGUCGAAAUAAAGGAGAAUUAAAUGUCUGUCUUUGGAGGAAUUUGGCUGCAAUGGAAACAUUCCACUUGUUAAGAACAAUUUAGCUCACUUGAAUAAUGUCUGAGUACUGCUUAAAUGGAAAUGGUUAUCAAAAUGCAAAGAUUCCAUUGAUCGAUUGACAAAAAUUCAGUUUUGUGAAAAAUGCUAGUCCCUUAUACUUUUAACCUUUUAUAACAGUAAAAUAAUACCAAGUUUUAAAACAUUGGAACAUCGCAGACAUGUUUUUGUUAAGUAGAUGUUUUAUGGUGUUUUCUCUUCUGUAUUAUUAAUUUUUAUUCAAUCAACUGCUGUUUUGAAAUCCAUUGUUUAGUUUACUCUGUAGAGGUACAUUAACCCUCAAAUUGUGUAUUUUCCACAAGUACGGUCAGUGACACAACUAAAUAUCGUAUAAUGUAUAUGGUAAUCAUAUAAUAAUAAAUACAUAAUAUAUACAUUAAUGAUCUAAAUUUAGAAUUGUAAUAUAAAAAGGUACAUUUGUAUAUUAAAUAAUCUAAUUUAACAACAAUAACAUGGAAUACACCAUGAAUAUUAAUUUAUAUUACAUAAUAUAUAGUUAUUAGUUUUGUGUGUUUUUGUGUUGUUACAUAUUUAUUAGAUUUUUAGAUUAAAAACGGAUCAAACAUUAAAAAUGAUGCAAUAAAUGUGUUGGAUUGUUGACAAAAUGCACAAUUAGCCAAUGAGUGAGUAAAUGUGUUGAGACAGUUUGAAAGAAGAAAGAUUUUAUAUUGUUUUUAUAAAAUAAGAUCUCAUCAAGCAAAAUACUUCAUGCUAAAAUAAGUACCGGUAGCAUUCUGUUUGAAUUCUUAGUUCACCUUUUGAAGUGCACUUAUAUCUCUGUAUGUUAGCACCCCUUUUGACAUACUAGUAGUUUGUGUUGCAUUUCUUUGUUUACCUAUCUUAAUUUGUGUAUGUUCUUUUGUGACUUUAAACUAGUAUAAAGUGUAGUGGUUAUUUUCUAUCAACAAUUUGUUUGAUGUUGAACAUUUUGCUGUUAAAUGGUUUGGCCAGAAAUAGCCUGAAGUAUUUUGCAUAUUUAUACAAUCAUGGCAUUUGUUACCAUAAAAUAGUUAUUCAUCCAUUUUCAUAGCAUAACAACCCAACAUGCGUCAUGAUUAUUUGAGCGUUUUUAUUGACACCCAGUCACAUUUAUUUUGUUAUUAUAAUAAUGAGUGUACAUGAAUGGUAUUAAUAAAGUAUUUUGUUUGCUUCA